CAAGGGUUACAGAGCCAUGUCGUCAGUCAGGCAUCGCAGGCUGAGUCAGACAGUGUUGGCUACUGGGUGCAUGACAUUGAGGUCAGGAAGCUUAAGCAACGCAAUUCAUUUAAUAUGAAGUGCCCUGACUCGGAUGAAGCUAAUAUGAGUGCAGUUCAAAGUGACAUGCAGCUGUAUCAAGAUGCCCUCUCAUGCUUGGUACUCAUUGCUUCUCAACUGGAGGGUGACACAGAUUACCCUAUGGUUGAUCACCUGUAUGAAAAGUGCAACUUGGUCAUCAGUACCCUGCGCACUGCUCAGCCCAACCCAUACAUAUCGACAUCUUUAGAGAAUCUAUUAGAAACUCUGAGCUUCCAAAAAUCUACAUUGGAUUCUCACCAUCAUGGCCCUUCACAAGAUAGACGACCUUUCAAAUAUUCUGAUUAUGUGAAGAAAGCCCAUGGGGACUGCUUUCAACAAAAUGCAGAUAAGGGGUAUAGAGAAACCAAUCAUAGAUUAACAAUACAAGAUAUGUUGUUACCUUGCAAUAUUGGAGAUGGGUCACUGCAAGAUGUGGCAGGUCUUGAUGAGGCAAAGCAAAUAAUAAAGGAAGCUGUGAUCAUGCCCAUACAAUACCCACAACUCUUCCAAGGUGGAGCAAAGCCGUGGACGCGUUUGCUUCUUUAUGGUCCUCCAGGUACCGGGAAGACCAAGCUAGCUCGAACCUUGGCUUCAGAGCUUCGCUGUCCAUUUUAUUGUGUAUCAUCUGCCAACCUCCUCUCUUCUUGGAUUGGGGAAUCUGAGAAGUUGAUCCGAGACUUGUUCCAGCAUGCUCGGCAGCAGUGUAGCCAGAGUAUUAUUUUUAUAGAUGAAAUUGACAGUUUGUGUCGAAAACGCUCAUUAACAGAAGAUGAACACAUUCGCAGGGUGAAGUCAGAGUUGCUGCGACAAAUUGAGGGUGUGGAAGACGAUAAGGACUCAUCAGUGUUUCUCCUGGGUGCCACUAAUUGUCCCUGGGACCUUGAUUCUGCCUUCCUCAGACGUUUUCAGAGACGUUUAUUAAUUCCACUUCCAAACAGGGAAGGACGCCGUGCCAUAAUUUCCAGUCAGUUUUCUUCGCUGCCCCUCCAAAUGACAGAUUCAGAUUGGACGAAUCUCUUAAAUGCCACUGAAGGCUACUCUGGUGCUGAUCUUAUGCACCUGACAAUGGCUGCUGCUUUUCAACCCAUUAGAGAUUUACAGUCUUCUCGCUUUUGGAGGUUCACAGAUGACAACAAAAUCACCCCGUGUUCUAGUGAUACUCUUGGUGCCAUGCAGUAUCCGCUGAGCAAGCUUCCAGCACAUCGAAUUGUUGCUCGUAAUGUAGAACCAAGAGACUUUCUGAUGGCAAUCCAGACAACUCCACGGACAGUUUCCCCAAGCAUUAUCCAACAAUAUGAACAAUUUUCUUCUGCAGUUCAUCAAACAUAGUUGAACACCAUUUACUGUAUAUUUUGAACUAAGGUUGGUUAUUUUUUCAACCUCUGUGAUAUUCAUUAUUUUGUGCUUAAUCUUUGCAAGUACCAACAGCCAUUUCAUUAAUUUUUUCACUUUAUAAAACAUGAUAGUCUUUUUUAUUUUGACAGUAUCCCUGUGAUCAGUUUAAUAUGGAGUGUAUUUUAUUUGAUAGUAUUCUUGUUGUCUGGUUUAUAUAGAAUAUAUUUUUAUUUGAUAGUAUCAUUAUUUUUAUUGUGAUGUGGAGGCAGUAUUUUUUCCUUAUCCUUAUUCUUUGGUUUGGGUGACUCAAUGGCACAGUUGAUAGUGCUCUGGUUUUCCAAUCCAUAGUACAGGGCUUCAAUCCCAAAGCCAGGCUAGGUUCAUGGGUUAACCUAACUCUGCUUUCCUGGGGAUUGCCACACUAUAAACUGUUGAAAAUGGCACAAGGGCUGCCAUAUGUGGAAGUUGUAGAUAACCACACACAGUUAAAAAAUAUAUAUUUAUGGCUGUUAUGUGAUGAUAAAGUCAUUAACUGUAAAGAUUACUGUACUGUCAAAUUAAUGGUAAACUACCAAAUCUUUGUUUCUAAGAUAUGUUUAAGUUCUUGUUAGGGUAAACCAAGUUACUGUAUACAGGAAUUAUUUUAUCAAGUCAGUGAGCUUUCAUUUGAAAUUGAGACAUUUUUCACUGAUUAAAAUGAGUUAUAUUAAA